CCACUCUCUUCUUCCCUUUCACUCCUCAGAAUCCUGUCUUCUACUCCCCUCCUUCUUCCAGAAGCUUCGAAGCUACUGCACUUCGAAGAUUCUUCUGUUCUUCUGUUGGAAGAUUUUCAUAAAGAAAUUGAGCGUUAAGGAAUUGGGGCAUUGAUUGCUUCUGAUACAAGUAUAUAUUGAUACGGGUGGAGAGAGUGGAUGCAGAUGAACGGAAUGGGGAGGCAGGGGCAGAGAUCUGGGGCGUCAGGGCUGCAAGUGCAUCAUCAACGGCAAUACUCUGAUAACUUCUUGGAAACGGCGUCCAAUGGUAGAUGGCUGCAGUCGGCUGGUCUUCAGCAUCUUCAAACUUCUAGCACCUCCAUUCCCCCUCUUCAGGAUUAUGGAUUCUAUGGUGGCAGUGGAGGGGGACAAGGGUCUAGGACUGCUCAAAGAGGUUUUAAUGCAGGAAAUGAGUACUUGACAGAGCCUACUACUCCUCCAGUUAGUUCUCGGCUGUUAAGCCAGCAGAGGAAGAACGGUGAAGACCUGAAUGAGUUCAGUCCUGGGCUCUUAGAUCUGCAAUCUUUUGAUACUGAGCUUCUUCCUGAGCUACCAGUUCCUAGCUUGUAUGAUGGGCCUUCUCUCAAUAACCAUGUUAGAGGCAGAAGUUUUGAUGAUUCUGAGCCCUACAUUUCAAGCAAUAAACAGACAGGGAGAACUUGUGGUAUGCCAGAUAACAACCUCCUGAAGAGCUUUGCUGCUGACAAAGAGAAAGUCAAUUCUGUUGCAAAAAUUAAAGUUGUGGUGCGAAAGAGACCACUAAAUAAAAAGGAGUUAGCUAAGAAUGAGGAAGACAUUGUAGAGACACAUUUCAAUUCUCUGGUAGUCCAUGAGACUAAACUUAAGAAAAUCUGAGAUAUGAAUUUCUAAAGCAUUGACAUUAGGUAACAUAAAAUAAUGUGAAUGUAAAUGUUGUUGUAGCAAUGCCAAGGUUUUGGAUUUAAUGAUGUAAAAAGCUUUAGAUACAUAUGUGUUCAAACCUUUUAUGCCUGAUGACUUGUUUUCAUUGUUCAAAAACUGAAAGUUUAUCAUGUUUAGAUUUUGAAAUAAUUUUUCAUCUCUAUA